AUGACAGACCUUACCACAAACCAGUUCUCGACCCUGAUCAUCCGCUCUCCUCUCGCACAAAUCCAUCAGCCCCCAUGGAAGAAAUUGAGAGUCUGCGGAAGCAGCUACGGGAAGAACAGCGCCUACGCGAAGAAGAGCAGCGCCUACGCGAAGAAGAGCAACGACGACGCGAAGACGAGCAACGACGACGAGAAGCUGCUGAAGAACGCGCUGGUAUAUCCCAACCGUUGA